AUGGAUUAAUUUUCAAUAUCUUCUAACAAAGAGGACUCCUAUAAUGGAACAUUUUCAAAUAAUUCUAAGUAAAAUUACCAUUAGCAGAAAGAGAUUUUGAGAUCAAACAACCCUUCUGUAAAAAAUAUCGAAGCGGUGAGCAGCACUAGUAAAUUCGAUGCACAAAUGCUUCAAAAUGAAAUUUAAAAUAUUAGGCAAAAUUAAAUAGCUUAGGAAAGCCAAAACUUCAAUUCUCAAUUUAUAGAAAAUAAAGAGGAUGAGAAUUUUGAAUAUGAAUUAAAUGAUUUAACUGAUAAAGACGAUAUUUCUCACCAAAAUUGUUAUGAGGAUUUGCUUGGAUUCAAAAAUAACCAUAAGGUUUAUGAUUUCAAUUCUCCUGAAAUAAGUUCUGAUAAUUUAAAAAAGCAAGAUAAAAAGAAUACAGCAGACAAUAUUGGAACUAGUUCUUUUAUGCAUUAAUCUUUUUCAUCUUAAAUUAACAACAUUGUAUUUUAGAGUUCAAAUAAUAAUAAUAAUCAACAGCUUUUGUCAUAAAAUGGUAAAUAGAUAUAACAAUAUUAGCAAUAAAGUUUAAUUGAUGGUAACUUUUCACUUAAUCAGAAUAAUGAUAUGACUUAAGAUGAGAUGCUCUUGGAUAACAAUGAGUACGAAGCUUAAGAUUAGGAUGAUCAAGAGGGAUUUGAAGACUAGGAAACAAGCGUUAAAUUUAGAAAGUAAUAAAACAAAUUUCAAAAGAUUAAAACUCAAAGUGAAUAGCAAUUGUGUUAACAAUAAUAACGAAUGAAUAAUUAGAGACUAAGCGAUUCAAAUCCUCUACUACCACUUCAUGAUCACAGCAAUGUUAAAAAUAAAUAGGGCAAUUAAUCAUCAUCUUAAAAUUUCAAGCUAUUUAAUUAAAAUCAAAACGUGAAGAAAAACAACUAUCUCACAAGCGAAGAGUCUAAUACAGGUCUAAUAAACAAUUACAAUCCAAAGAAUAAUUAGAGUUAAGAGCUAAAAAAUUAGUUUAAUCGAAUUAAUAAUUAAGAGGAUUAGUAUUAUAAAUCUAGUUCAGAGUAAAACAAGGACUUUUUGAUUAAAUAAAGAAAGGGUGAAAUUGAAGGCGAUGAUGAAGAAGAAGAAGAUGAUGGUAUUGUAAGUUCAAUGAGUGCUAUAAACGUUUAAUUUGUUACACUACAAAAUGAUUUAGGUGACUCAACACAAAAAAAGACUGACCUAAAAUAGUACUUCCAUAUGAAUAAUUCAAUUUAAAAUAGCCUUUAAGGAGGAUCAAAGGAAGAUUUUUUAUUUAACAAUUAAUCUGCUCACUUUAGUACUAUGAAUCCAUAAUAUUUAGAAAGUUGUUAGAAUUAAUAUAAUAUUUAAAUGUACUAAAAACAUAGCAACAACAACAACAAUUCUAAUAACAAUAAUCAAUAACCUUAAAUGUAAAAUUUGAUAUCUGAUGGUGAUCGAGAAUAAAAGUAUGAACAAAAUAUAGAUAGCGAUUCUGCUCCUUAUACUCCAUAUCGUUUAUACAAUAUAUAGCAAACAACAGAAUAGACAAAUAGAAGUUCUGCAAGAGUAGUUGAAUAAACAAUUGAUUCCAACUAAAAAAAUAUAUAAGAGAAACUCAAAUAAAAUUAAAUGAUUUAAAAUCAGCAUAACUCUUUAAAUGCAGUUAAAGAUUUUCCAGAUAGAUAAUAAAACAAAAAAAAUAAAUUGAAAAAUGAAAUGUGCAUUGGUUUUGUAGAAAAUAAUGAAAUAAACUAUAAGACAAUAGACGUAAACGAAUAAAAGAACAAUUCUUCUGAAAAUCUCAACUAAAAUAUUAUGUAAAAGUUGUACAAAAAAAAUUAAGAAUUGACCCAAAAUAACAAAAAACUUGUUCAAGAAAAUUAGAUGCUUAAAUAAGAGUUAGAGAACAUGAAAACAGAUCUUUUAAAGAAAUACGAAGAAAUAAGAAAGAAUAAUGAAAGUUUGUUCAAAAAUUUCGAAGAGCAAUCAAAUCUAAUGCUAAAAAAAUAAAAAGAAAAGUAUGAAGAAAAAUUAUAAAAACUGCAGCUUUCUCUAAGAGAACAAGAGACUUAGAAUCUCUACAAGAAAGAUAACUUCAGGGAUAGAAACAACUAGCUUUAUGCUAUGGUUUUGAAGUUAGAAAGAGAGAAGCAGGAAUUGAAUGACAAAAACUUGAUAUUAAUUAAGAAGUAGAUCAACGCUAAGAGUGAGAACCAUAAAAAUACUCUAAAUAUGAUAUCUUAUACGAAUAAUCCAGAUUAAAGCGAAUUAGAUAUCAACAAUAAAUCAAAUUUAUCUUAAUUGUCUUUGCCUUACAGAAAAUUAAAAAUGGGAAAUGAUGAUUCUACUUUGAAUUUAGAAAAUUAGCAGACUCUAAAUAAUCAAAAUUCAUUUUGCUAAGGAAUUAUAAGCCCAAGCUCAUUUUCUUCUAGGUAAAAUCAGAAGUCUAAAUCUAUCGAUAUUGUUCGUAAAAACAUGUAAUUUAACUCAGCUGCAAAUAUCAAUGAAAAAAUUUCUUAAAACAAUUAUAAUAAUUAAACUGAAACUUAAUAUUAGGAUUUUAAAGUGCAGGCAGAAAAGCACAUUCUUGAGAAAAAAUACGAUGAUUUAUUCUCCAAAUAUAAAAGACUGUUGGACGAAAAUCACGAGCUUAGAAAGAAUCAGCUGCUUUCUUAAAACGAAAAAGAAAUAGAUAAAAGUCUCGACUAAUAAACUUCAAUUAUUUCCCCUUCAAUAACAACAGCUGAAGCUAGAUUAAGUAAUUAUUUAAAUUAGUAGCAAGCAAAUAGCCACUAUUAAAGUAAUCAAUCUUGCAACUAGAAUAGUUAGCAAACAAAUAAUGUAAGCACACAAUGUGCAAGUAAUUAUUACCAGUUACCUCCCUCAAGAGACUAAAUCCUAUCUAAGCCUUACAGCAAAAUUAUUUCAGAUAAUAGCAAUAACAAUAGCAUAAUGAAUAAAGAAAGAAGUAACAGUUAUUAUUUAAAUAAAAGAACAAUAAACUUUAAACCAUCAUAGAAUACUAUUUAAAUGUAUGAUCCUUUAAAUUUCAGUACAUAGGAUGAAUAUGAAACAGUUAAUUAAUCAAAAGCAGAUUCUUCUACUGCUAAUAUACUACUUUACCAUAAUUACAAAACAUAAGAUUCAACUGAUUCCCCAUAAAGAGCCUUGAAAAAGAAAUCAAUACAUCUCAGCUACUACAAUCCAAAGUAUUUUAGUAAUAAUGAGCAGGUAAAAGAAAGUUUAACAAAUUACAAUAGCAAUGACAAUAAUAAUGAAUAAUUAAGUGAUUAAAAUCCUUGUUCACUGGUUAGAAUGAAUAACUACGUUUUAAGCAGGAAAUAUGUAGAGGAAACGAAACAAAAGAAGAAAUCUGUUUCUAAGAAUAAAGAAUCAAAGAAAAAGAAAUAAAGUUUAGAUAAAAGCAAUUUAGAUAUAAGUGGUAUUAGGGAGAAGAAUAAUAAAUAAGUUGCAAUCCAUGAUGAUAAAGAAAACAAUGCUAGUCAUAAUAUUGUUAAGAAUUCAACUAACCAAGAUAAAGCUAAAAAACUUCGUUCUAAUUCAUUGGCUAAAACACCAGUUGCAUCCACAAAAACUACAAUCAAUCAUGAUAAAGAUACCUCUUUAAUUGAAGGAAAUAAACUAUCUAAAAAAAAUCAAGCAAAUAAAAAAGAAAUAAAAAGAUCAAGUUCCAAUAACAACAAAGGAUGCAAAACACCUAUUUUUUCAAAAAUAAGAUUCUGA